AUGCAGUGUUUGACAGUCACUUUAGUUAUUCAAUAUGCAGCAUUUAUUCAUUUUAUCAGAGCUGCUAAAAGCAAUGAUAUAUUCUCAUAUUCAGCAGCAAUCGAACGACAAAGUGAAAACGGCGAUGUUCGUAUUAUCAAUGUUAUUCUAACUCCUUUGACAGUAACUGUAAACGCUCUCAUUGAAAAUCAACGUCCUAGUAUAAGGCCAAAAAGAUACUCAAGAACAUUUGACUGGUCAGAUGUCGAUAGCUGCGGUAAUCGAACUCAAGUUUUGACCGAGCUAAGAAAAAUUAUAACUCAGGAAUUCAAAACAGAAACCAGGCAUGAAGCAGCAACUUUUAUCAAAAAAGCUAAACGUCUUAACCAAGUGGCUCGCGAGCUGGAAUUUCAGUCUGAAGAGCUAAAAGUGAGAGCAGGUGAGCAGAACAGAGCAGUUCGACAAGACGCUCAAUUUAUGAGUGACCAAAUCGAGAAACAGGUAGAACAUCUGCGAGAACAAGCCAAUGCGAUCCGAUCACAAGCUGACGAACAGUCGGUGGUGAUCCGGCAACAAGCAGAAGAAAUCAAACAAUUUUCUGAAAAAGACUAUCAUCACAUGAUGAAAAUGGCUAUUACCAUUGCUCAACAAGGUCGAAAACAGGUUGAGAUUGUCAGAAAACAGGCUGGACAACUUCGAGUUAAUUUACGAGAUCAAAUUGAAAUGAUGAAGUUACAAAGCGAAACGCAGGCUUCACAAAUGGAAUUGCAAGCUGAGCAGCUUAAAGAACAAGCUGCUAUAUUUCGACUCCAAUCACUGAAGUAUUCCGAACCAGCUGAACAGAUCUUACGUGGGCUUGACGCAAUAACAGAACUGAUGCAGAAUCUGUAA